UUCACCACCAUUUGCAGAACGAAAAGGAAAUGGCAUCACUCUCUUUGCUACUCCCACUCGGUAUUUGUGUGAGAUUAGGUUGUAUAUUUGGAAAGGGUAAUGCCUUCAGUCACCAAAGAGCACACAAAAUCAGAGUUGGUGCCUUAGCUUCAGAACCUAGGUUACAAGAUGAGUGUGCUGUCAUGAACCGGAGACGCCUGAUGAAUGUCGGAGUUGGGCUUUUAGGACUCGUGGGCGGUGCUACUUUGGCUGAAGCAGCUGGAUUGCCCCCUGAGGAUAAGCCGAAGCUAUGUGACGAUGCGUGCGAGAAAGAGCUUGAAAAUGUCCCUAUGGUAACGACUGAGUCGGGCUUGCAAUACAAGGAUAUACAAAUUGGUAGUGGACCUAGUCCUCCUAUUGGAUUUCAGGUAGCUGCAAAUUAUGUUGCCAUGGUUCCUUCUGGCCAAAUAUUUGACAGUUCACUGGAGAAAGGUCAGGUUUACAUUUUCCGGGUCGGCUCUGGUCAGGUGAUCAAGGGGUUAGAUGAGGGGAUUCUCAGCAUGAAAGUUGGAGGCAAACGUCGACUCUACAUCCCCGGACCGCUAGCAUUCCCCAAAGGGCUGACUUCAGCUCCGGGAAGGCCACGUGUCGCUGCCAACAGCCCGGUGAUCUUCGAUGUUAGUCUGCUGUUCAUCCCGGGGCUGGACGAUGAGGAGUAACUCUCAGUCAGCAUUCUCUACUCCCAUUGGUUUAUUCUUUUGGAUAUAUACCUCUGCUGUAAAAAUAUUGACUGCUACCUUGUAAAGAUGCCGGUUUUACAAGCAACGUCGAGUCUACUACUACAGGUAUGCUUGUAUGUAUAUGUAGUUGUUGAACUCGCAUUUCAAUCUCGAUUUAAAACCGAGCUGCCUUUACCCUGGAUGGACGCAGGUGGGGUCGGGUGGGAUAGACCAACCCCACCGCCGGCCAAUGUUUAUCUUCGGAGAAUUCCAUUAAUCAGCCUCUGACUCUACGACAACUUAGUUUCCAUUCCAACAUUUUAUUGCUUACACAUUUUGCACUAGAUAAAGACACAGAGAAAAAAACACUUCUUCAGACGUUGGCAAGUUGGCGACGACCUUCUUUAGCCAAUGAGUUACAACUCCUCGGUUUUCGUUUCCCGGGUCCAAAACUAGUUAGGUCGAAUAUCAAUGCCCCUAACAACAAUGAAAUGAUAAUUAAUCAUAAUUGCAAAAAAAUAUUUACCAUUUUGAUUGUUCCUAUCCCAAGAGGUUUAUUAUCAUUGUGUAAAUCAUCAAAUAUGUGUUGGUAUAUAUAGGCAGGUAGACACUGAGCGUGCCACGCCGCUAUAAUCGGUUAUCGAAAUAUUAUCAUCCAUACAUAGCUUUUUAUUAAUGAAUAUAUGAUCUAUAACUCAUGACAUACGAAUCACUUUCACUUUGUUAACACCAAUAAUUAGAACUAGAAUGUAUUGUAGUUUAAUCUUGAAUGUACUAUCGUAUUUACUUUCUUAUUCAAAUUGAAAUACUCCAUCGAUCUUCUAGGUACUUAGUACUCCUAUGAAAUAUUAGUAUGUUAAAUUGGAUAGAAAAUAAAAUAGAAAAGAACAAUAAAAUUAGACUCAAAUAUACAACUAAAAAACGUGAACAAAGCAUAACUAUUAAGCUUUAAAAAAGAACAAAAUAAAUAAGACAUCGGAAAAUUACAACAAACUAUUAGAAAUCUACUUUUCGCAACGUAGAUGCCUAUUGGGUAAAUAAAUAAAUUAUAUGGGAAAAUCAAACUGAAAACAAUUAAAUUGAAAAAAAAAACGAACUCAGCAUAUACACUAAUGAGUCAUCAUCACUACGCCGAUCAAACUGCUUAGGAGCAGCGCUAAAUCGCAAGAUUGAUUUUUUUCUCCAACAGCGGCAAAUUUAUGAUGAUUUUAAUGGAAAUCUAGAAGACCCAAAAUCAUGAGGAACAACAGCAGCAACAGUAGAGAUGAGAACAGAAGCAAAGAAACUUCUUCUUCACCUCUAGCUACCGAUUCAAGAUUCAAUCAAACUCUUAGAAAUGUUCAAGGUUUGCUCAAGGGCCGCAGCUUCCCGGGAAAGAUAUUGAUAAUUCAGAGAUCAGACCCUUUGGACCCAUCAACUCUGUAUUGGCCAAACAUUGACCGGAGGUCUCCGGAGAGUGAUAGAGAUCGUAGUGAGCACCUGGAAAGAUGGACUGAGGUAUCCAUUUUUGUUGCCAAAAUAUGCAAUCAGAUCCGUAGAAGCCCGAAAGCCAAACCUUUGACUUACUGAAUGAUGUUCGUCAUCAUUCAUGAACUUCAAAACAGAAGUAGCGCAAAUGCUAGUUCCUCAGUUAAUAACACAAAAUCUUCAAGCACGAGUAGUCAAAGCACAUCAACAGAGAUUCCUAAGUCCAGUGUAGGAGCUAGAGCUACGGAUUCUGCUAGGCUAAUGAAGUUCACAAAAGAAUUAUCUGGGUCCUCUGUCAUCUUAG